UAUCCAAAAGGAGGAUUAACAUAACUCAAGUUUGGAUUUACGGAUAUGGUAGUCUUGGUCACUACAUUGUUAACAUAACUUUAAUGUGGAAAGGUGUGGAAAACUGGUUCAAGGAUCCAGAGUUUAGUCUUAAGGCCGUUGAUCUCUCAAGAAACAAUCUAAAAGGAGAGAUUCCUUCAGAAAUUGGAAAUCUAACUUCUCUAGAUUUUCUUGAUCUAUCAAGAAAUGAUUUGUGUGGUAGAAUUCCUUCAAGUCUAUCCCAAAUUGAUGGGAUUGGUGUGUUAGACUUGUCAUACAACAAUCUUUCUGGAAGAAUCCCAUCAGGGGGACACAUGGAUACUUUUGAAGCCUCUUUCUUUGAAGGAAAUCCUAAUCUUUGUGGUGAGCAACUCAACAAAACUUGUCCGGAAGACAUGACACCAACAAAGCCACAAGAAUCAACAACAAAUGAUGAGGCAGAUGAUAAUUCAGAUUUUUAUGAAGCAUUAUACAUGAGCUUGGGUUUUGGAUUUUUCAUUGGAUUUUGGGGCCUUUUAGGGCCGUUAUUGUUUUGGAGGUGUUGGAGAAUUGCUUAUCUCAGAUUCUUGAACAAAGUAGCAGACUACAUAUAUGUAAUGGUGGCAUUGAAUAUGCGUAGGUUCCACAAUUGACUUGAAGAUUGGCAGGUACAUUCUCAGAAUAGUUUGUCUCUCAAAUUCUUAGUUUCUUUUCUUUACUUAAUUACUUCUUCCUCAUAUAUGCCAAUAUUUUUAAUGAUUUUAUGCACUUUUAAGUGGUGUAUUUAAAGAUUUUUUUUGGAUUCCUGAUAACAUCUCCAGACUAAAUAAUUUAGAAAUAAUUAUUUAUAUGGAAUAUAAAUUUAGUCAUUCUAAUAUGUCUAUAUUUAUAGCAGUCACUGUGACUAUAGAAUUUAAAAAAAAAUGUUAUUAAAAAUAUUAUCAAAAUAUAAAAAAAAUGUAUCCUUAAUUUUAACAAUACUUGCAUAGCCAUUAUAGCUACUACAAACAUAGACAUACUAGAAUUCACCUUAUAAAUUAUGUCGCUAUGGUAUUUUCAUUGCGGAUGCAGAUGCGCUCCUCACUUCUAAUCUGGGAUGGACUCACUGUGGAGUUGCUGCUAGUACCAAUAUACAUGCAGUGUGUAGGAGUUUGUUGGAUUAUAUAUUCAAUAAGAUUUUUAGUUUGUAAAAUCUAUCACUUUUUGUCGUCAGACUUAGUUUAUGGUAUUUUAUAUUUCUAGUUAUCAGAAUAAUGUAAUGUAGUGAUGUAUGUACCUCUUCAUCGUUGUAAGUUGUUUUUGGAAUAAUCUAUAUAUUACUCUUCAAAUAUCUUUACAUGAUAGAUGAGGUUGUAAUAACUCAAUUUGAAUUUAUUUGCGUGCUGUAUGUACUUCACUUCAAAUUCGGCUGCUUCUUUACUAUUUUAAGUUCUUAGCUUUCUGUUUGCCUUCACUGCUUAUCAUUCGUUUACUUCAAUAAUAGCUUCAUGAUCGAUGGGGACCCCUUAGUGUAGUGUCACUAGUGUGUGUUAUAAGAUUAUACAUAAAUAAAAUAAUAAAUUAAAAUAUUUAUUAAGAUACGUUAAAAGCCACAAAAUAUAUUUCUAACUUAUUAGUUCUUCCAAAAACAUGAAUAUAAUGCGUUCUAUUCAUCCUACUAUACACAUUCAAAUUGUGAAACCUCUUUAUUGACGCGCUAACAAACCAUGAAAGAGAUAAUAGCUAUGUAAGGAUAGUGAUGAUGAACUACAGGACGAUCCUUGAUGAUAGAUACCUUAUUGGCCAAGUCGAGGAAUGUUAGAGGAUCAUCAAGAAUUUAUUGUUUGUCAUUAGUUAAUUAUCAAGAAUUUAAUAAGGUAUCUAUCAUUAAUAAGAUACCUUAUUAAUGUGGUGAUUUGAUGCUGAGAUUAAUUUGUUUGAACAGAAUUUGUGCAUCACCGCGGUUUAUCAACCAGUUAGGGAGUUAUUACAGCAGGAGAGAAAGAAGGAUAUGGUAACAUCUUUUAUCUCAUGCAAAAAAAAUUAGAGGAAUGCUAGGGGACCAGCAAUUUUGGUGUUUUGUAACCAUCAAUUGGUCAUCAAUAGUGUUUUUAAUGGUAUGAGAUUAUAUCUAAUGGUGGGAGAUCACUCACUUUUGUUUUGAUGGUUAAGUGCUGGCCAGAAAACACAAAAGUUGCUGGCCCCCUAGACUUUUCCAAAAAAUUAUGACUUAUGAGCUGAAGAGGUAACUAAUAUCAAUGCAUAUAUAUUGUAUCAAGAAAAGAAGAAAAAAGAGACAGCAGGCCAAAGCUCUGAAGAUGCUUCAGAGAAUAAAGAAGAUCAUCAAAUUACUCUGAGGUCUUUAACCAUGGAAGACAUGAGACAGGCAAAGAGUCGGGUAAAUGGCGAACCAACGAAACCAUUGUAACAUGCUACUUAACGUUUUGGAAUAUGUCUUCAUUCAUGGACAUAAGUUUAUGAAUAAUAUCCGUUUCGAUGCAGGUGGCUGCUAGUUUUGCAUCCGAAGGAAUGGUAUGAAUGAGCUGAAAUAAUGGAAUGAAUUAUAUGGAGGAGGUUCAAGGAAGAAGCAGCAACUCACUUACUUCCUUUAAAGUGUGUGCAAAAGCUGGUUUAUUUUGUGGACUCUGUAAACAUUGAUCUUAAGGGAUAUAUAGGAGCCUUUCAAAGAAUUCAAAGUGUGCCCAAGUUUCCCACAGUUCAUAGAUCAUAAGCUAAAGAUCACAUUAGCUUUAAGGGCAGAUUAUAUAUCCUCCAAUUCCAAAGGAUAUGUAGAAAUCAUGAUGCAUCAAGGUUUUAGGGGAGGAGUUCUAAAUUUAUAGUUUGGAUUGUUUACAAAACAAAUCUAGUACUAGUUAGGGGGAUUCUACUGUCAUGAGUGGUUUGGAAAAUGCAAUGGAUUUUUGGGAAGUAGGAUUAAUCUACAUCAAACCCUCUUUUAGGUAUGCAUUGCUUUGUAUGAUAUCAUAUAUGGACAGAAUUUUCAGACAAUAGAAUUUAUACUGCAUUGCUUAGA